AUAUCAAAAAGUGACCAGAAACAGAGAUCAUUAACGCCUUAUGUGAGUUCUCGCGUUCCUGGCAAAUCGAUCGAACGCAACAUGAUUUCUGUUUCUUCCGGAUUUUAAGAGACCGGAAGUUUUCAAAUACAUCAACAGACGCAGCGAAAGCCAAAUGUCAGCGCGAAGGGCUAUUCCUCGUCGUUGGUAAGACAUGUUAUUCACCCUAUAACUUAUGUAUCCCCCGAGUUAUGAAGAAUUGAGGAACAGAAACGAUCUCAGGAUAUUCAACGACUGAUCUAAGAACAAUUUGGUCAAGUAUGGCCAUGUAGCGCAUGAACCUCACACUAGCAAUCCAACAUGGGGAUCCGGGGACUGUUAUCAUACUGUCGAGAACAUAUUCCAACAUGUGCUGACACCAUUGACCUGGUCGAGGUCGCACGUCAGAGGGAUGGAAUCUUGAUUCUUGUUGACUUCUUCUCCUUCGAACACCUCAUCCUGGAACACUUCUGGCGUGGUCUCUCGGACAUGUGUCACAACCCCUACCUCCAGUUUGAUGGGGGUGAAUACAAAACUAUUGACGCCUACCUGUCAAAGUUUGUAAAUGAUUUGAAAAGUUUAGGAAUAGGGCUUGUGUUCUAUGUUGAUGGUGCUAAGGGAAGUUCAUAUGAAGGGACGAAGCAGAAGCUUGAAACAUGGCAGAAACGGCAUAUGGAGGAAGUUCAGAGACUGAGAGAGAUAACGGAUAUGUGUCAGGGGAAGUUUCCUGUUGAACAUCUACACCAUGAGGCUCGUAUGAGGCCAGUGCUGCUGGAGAUCCAGGUUAAGAAUACCCUGACAGCUUGUGGAUGUAUAGUACACCAGCUGCCUUCAGGGGAGGCAGAUUACGUCAUUGCACAAGAAUUACAGACAAAUCAAAAGGCCCUGGCUGUUCUGAGUAAUGAUACAGACUUCUUAGUGUUUCGGAACGGUGCAAUGAUUUCGAAUGAGAUGUUCGAUAUACAUGGUGACCUUCAACUUGGGAGACCGAUCUUGCUGCCAGAAAAACCUCUCCGACUUGUAUGUCAUGUCUUAAAGGCAGAAAAAGUAGCUUGGAGCCUUGGGUUGAUGGAACACCGUCAGAUCGUGGAGCUGAGCAUCGUGGCAGGCAAUGACUUCACUGGACCGUUCAUGUGGAGUGGACUGCAUCAUUCGCUUGGCAUCGAAGGAUAUCCCACUAUUCAGAAGCUGGCCUCAUGGGUGAAGAACUGGAAAAGUGUGGAAAACCAUCCCGCACUCCUCAACCGUAUGCAACGAGAUCAUCAGUUCGCAGCUGCUGUGACCCACACCCGCAACUUCUACAUGCUGACUUGCCCCGCGGUAGACAAGAGUGCACAUGGGUUCAUCCACAACCUGCUUUGGGAGGGGAUACAGCACGGCACCUUCUCCCCGCACGUCCUUGGGCUCCAUAAUGGCUUCUAUUGGCGCCGCAUGCUUGUUGAAGAGUCAGCUCACGGACACCCAUCCUCGGAAGUGGCUUUAGUUGGUCUGAGGACGUACAUCUAUAGGAUGGUUCUACCAAUACACAAGCAUCAGGUCACAGAAUUUGGUAGAUCAGACCACAGGGACUAUGAAGAUGUGAGGAUCAAUGCAACAGAAGACAGGAUGAUUCCUUCAAUCAACAAUGUAAAACCUCAGGAAAUAUUCAAGAAUCUGAAGCACUUUGAUCGCAUUAUGUCCCAUCAGGAACCUCAGGCCUUCCCCAAAACCUGGUUUGAUCGAUACGGACGAAAAAACGGCUUCAUCUGUUACAUCCUCAGGUACUUCCUCGUCCAAAACUGGGAUUACAACCUGCGCAUAUCAGAAAAUGAGUUCCUCGCUCUGGUUGCCAUUGCGUUCGGACAUCCAGAUGAAGCAUGGUACCAAAGACUCCGUUUGAGACCGUCCCCAAGAUGUGUCACUGUUGGCAACUGGUUCCAGAACAUUUACCGCCAUGCGUUCCUGUUUGUGGGCAAACUGCUGUACCUGACCCAUGAGUUUCCGCUGCCCAAAGAGAUCUUCUCAGGCUCUGUGUGGACAGCCUUCCACGCCUGCUGCAGUGAUGAGGAAUGGCAUGCAGGCUUGAGACGGGUGUCCAGUGAUGCUCUGAUGCGUGUUCAGCACGAGAUGGAUGCAGUCAUCAGAGAGAAACGCCACAUGGUCAGAUACCUUACUGAGUAUGUCUUCGACUUUGAUGACCGGUACUGAAGCUCACCGCGAAGACAGUGAGAUGCUUGUUACCACAGACGAAGAUCUCGAACAUGUUUAAUGUUCUCGUAAUGCUCAGCAUCCCAAUAUGGGUCUGAUUCUAAAGCUCCCUCAGGUGUGUAUUCAAGUACUGUAUCAAGUGGGAAAGUUUCCAGUGAGCCCCAGGAUUUCAUGCAUGGAUGCUCUCAAGAUGAAAGGUUUAAUCCUAUAGUUUGAUAAAUCUCUCAUCUUCAAUCACUUCAACUGCAAGAAUCUUGAACAUUUCAACUGGCCUUAUGUUGAAGAGGCCACAAUACAAGGCCUAGGUAUGCAUGUAGGUGUUGCAGGCUUGGCGUCUUUUGUGUAUGUUUGUAUGCUGAAAAAAUGAUGACUCUUGGUACAGGAUGAUGUCCAUGUGUUGUUGGGUGGUGUGACCGAGUGUUCCCAAGCCAGACUUGCCCAGAUUAUGAUUCUUGCACUGUCAGCGAAAUUUCUUUCACUGAUCUGGUGAAUUAUCCACUUUGGGCGUUCUUCCCACAGUAUUUAAAGCAGAAAAUAUUAACUGACAGUUCUGUCAACUCACUCUGUGCAUACUAGAUGUGGUCUUGGAAUAAAUGGAUAAACCAGCAGCACCAUCCUCAAUCAGUAUCAGUGAAUGACAGGUGGAUGACAAGUGGAUGACAGGUGGAUGACAAGUGGAUGACAGGUGGAUGACAAGUGGAUGACUUGAAGUUAGAAAAAAACCAUUUUGAGAUGACAUACCAAUGUUGUACUUUCUUUGUUUUAUGGAUAGGCUGAAAACUAGGGUAUUUGGGUGCUAAAUAUUUCAUGAUGGCCUUGUCUGCAGCAACAUACUUUUGUAUGUUAAAUGUGACUUUUGUAAGUUGCUUUUGGUUGUGUAAUCAAUAUUAUGUUUUUAAUCAAGUAUAGUAACAUCUGUCUUUGAGUUCAUGAAAUAUAGAGAACAACCUAAUAGCCCUCUGGGAUCAAAUAGCUGCCAUCCGUGGGGAUUGUGGACCAGUGUCAGUCCCCAGUAACCAUGGUAACUUGUGCUACCGUAGUGUUCAGGCAGAGUGACAGGAUUUGCAGCUCAUUGUACUUCAGUGACACAAUUUUGUUUGUUUGUUGGUUAACUCGGCACUCAGCAAUAUGCCAGCUAUAUGAUGGCGGUCUGUAAAUAAUCGAGUCUGGACCAGACAAUCCUGUGAUUGACAUCAUGAGCAUUGAACCACGCAAUUGGGAUCGAAGACAUGCAUCAUCCAAGUCAGCGAGUCUGACCACCCGAUCGCCUUUUACGACAAGCAGUGGUUGCUGGUGACCUAUUCUACCCCGGAUCUUCACGGGUCAGAUGAAACACAGACUCACAUCAAAGGUCAUCAUGAUUAUGGCUGGAAUAUAAAAUAGAAAGACAUCCAAUCAUUUUUCUCACUUAGGUUUCUUGUUAAGAAUAAAAGUAAUGUGUUUCCCUUCAUUCAGUAGACAAACUGUAAAAGUACCCCGUUUUACAUUUAGCAAUGCCCUGUAGGGAUUCCGAGUUAGUAUUGGUCCCCAGCAAGCUGUGCUUAUCGUCAAAAGAGACUACUUAUAAGAUUGGGUGGUGACGCAUGAUGACUUUGGUGAUUGCAUGUCAUCGUACCCGGCCAUCAUAUCAAUCACUGGAUUGGUUGGUUGGUUUGUUGUUUUAUGCCGCACUCAGCAAUAUUCCAGCUAAAUGACUGGAUUGUUUGGUCCAGACUCCCAUAACAGGAUACCAUUAUUUUGCUGGAAUAUUGCCAAGUGAGGCUUUAAAUAACAAACCCGGAAAGCAAUCAAAGUGCUAUGGCUCUGCUUUGUUCCCUGGUAGUGCUUUUCAUUGAUUUUAUCGCUCAAAACCCAUAGCGUCUGUGAAGUAUGGUCAACAGGCGUGUGACACAAUGUAUAUUUGAACAUGUAACGAGAGAUGCUUGUUCACUCAUGGUUCCAUGCAGUCAUGUUCAUCUUAUCUCAUCAAAAUCAGAUCUUUUACUACGAUACCUGUCUGCAAUAAGAGGAUAUCUCCACAGAUCGGCAAACCUGAGCAAACUUUGACCUCCCAAUCUAAGCGAAGGCUUUGUGUCAGCUUUCCAAAAUGAUUCACCCUCAUUGUUUUACCAUCUUGUUUCAAUUUGCUCAUUUUUAUUCGUUUUCAAGAUAUGUAAGAUAGACACGCUCAGGGUUAAUUGAUUGGAAAGUCCAUCUGACGUGACCUUCAACGGAGGGGUCAACAGAUCUUCACGCAGAGACGUAUAUCAUAUCAGAGUAAAAGCUCUGAUUUUAAUGAGACCGCCUCCGUGGUCUAGUGGUAGAGCGUCCGUAGAGCGGAAGGUCUGGGGUUCGAUCCCUGUCCGCAUCAUACCAAAAGACGU